UUUGUUGCGAGCGAACACCACGUAGACGUUGCUCAGACGAUGUUGGCCAGAUUCAUUUUCCAGAAAGACGUCGUCGCGUAGACAAGCCUGAAUUCGUUGCGGGCGCCAGUGGGACGACCCGGUGACCAUCGUCAAUUGAACAGUUGAACCAGAUCAGUCCAGCUGCAUUCUCCGGGAGGGGUAUAGAUCUCCCCUGCGCGUGCGCACAGUGUUAGUGUGAAGGGAGUUCCGUGACCAGAACCCCACGACGCCAUAUUUGUUUUCAAAGCGUUUGCUUGUGUGUGUGUGAUUUAGCUCCGCUGUGUGAGUGUGAUGGCAGACUUUGCUAGUUUCUAAGGCCGUGACAGCCCCUUUUAAUCGGGGUUCGUUUGCGCAAAUUCGAACAAGAUUUGCUACUGAUUAUUGAUUGAUGCAGUUUUCCAGCAACGUUGUGUGUGCGAAUGCAGUCACCCCGAUAUGGACGAGCGUGUGUGUAUGCGUACGCCCUUACUUAUGUGAACCCGAUCGAGAACGCGAAUACUGGUUUGACCCGUUGGGUCUGAGUGUGCAGCGCAAAAUAUCCGCUUACCUAAGCAAAAAAGUUUUCUGGCUUUGGCCUUAGAGCGGUACUCGGGCACAGACACAGCUACAGUGCCAGAAAUACCUGUGCAUACGACACGAACGUGGCCAGCACACAAAGCGAAACCAGAAAAUCCACAUUUUUCGACCUGCUCUCUGUGCCGUGCCUUUCCUCUCUUUCCAUCGCGCUCUCGACUGAAACGCUAUACCGAGACCAAAACCAAAACCACUAGAUACAUCUUUACGUGAUCGUAGGUAUAUUACGUAGCUGCAAUGGGCGACUCUACGCCCAUUUGCCGAUGUCGAGUACUUUAUUUGGGCAGUGCCGUGCCAAGGCAGAGUAAGGAUGGACUGCAGGGCAUCCAGGAGCCGCUGCGCAGCCUCUAUCCAUCGGAAGGGGCUGUGGGCGCCAAGGGCAUUGACAGCUGGCUGAGCGUCUGGUCUAACGGCAUCCUGCUGGAGAACGUGGACGAAAACCUUAAGCAAAUCACGCGUUUCUUUCCGAUCGAGUCGCUGCACUACUGCGCCGCCGUGCGCCAGGUGCUCAUUCCAGAGCGAGGAAACGCCCACCCGGAACCAAAGUUCCUGCCUCUGGACUCACCUUUCGCGCGGAUGCCGCGCGCACAGCAUCCACCCAUCUUCGCUGCCAUCCUGCGGCGCACCACCGGCAUCAAGGUUCUUGAGUGCCACGUUUUUAUCUGUAAGCGGGAGGCGGCCGCGAACGCCCUAGUCAGGUGCUGCUUCCACGCCUACGCCGACAACUCGUACGCCCGCCAGUUGGAGACGGGCGGAGGCGGAAGUGUCUACGGGACCUUAAAAAGCGGUGCCGUUAGCAAGUCCAGUGCCGACCUGACCAGCGUCGGGCUGGCUAACGGAGUUGGAGGCAGCAACCACCAUCUGGCCCUUUCAGCCCAAGGUGGCUGGAGAUCCCGGGCGGGCAGCACUACGACGCUAAAUAGCUUGGGUCGCGCUUCGAACGGCCACGCCAAUGGAUCAGCGAUGGGGAUGCAGGGGGGUAGCACGGGCAGUGCGACAGAAGUCUAUACAUCCGUCAAGAACUUUUACGAUAGCAGCGCUGAUCUCAACAUGACUGUUGAUGACGGAGAUGCGUCUUACAACGGCGACGAAAAUCAUAAGGUCUGGAACGGAUCACAGGACCAGCUGGACACCAUCGGACCACUAGAGAGUCCCUAUGAUCUGUUUGCGGGAAACACCUCCACCAUGGGAAGGCCUCUACGAGCGCGUCAAAUCAGCACACCUAUCGACGUGCCACCGCCACCAGUGAAGGAAGAGCGAAACACGAAGCGGGAGAAAAAGUCGACCAAGUCUAUUGGCAGCCAAAGCCUCUCCGGCACCCUCAUCAGGCCAAAGCCCAUGCACCCUUCCCCGCUGCAUGGCUCAGGAUUCCAGGUACCUGGCAGCAUGACCUAUGGGCAAGGGCCUCACGCCGCCCGUUACCAUACAAUUAGUCAUCGCGGCAUUCCCACGGGUCCCCCCAGCCACCUGUCCCAUCACCCGCCACCCCACCCCUCACAGCAUCAGGUCCAUAUGCUGCACCAAGCCAACAUCGGGGGCCUACCGCCCAUGCAGAUCCCAGUGAUGAUGCCUCAGCAGUAUGCGACUCUUCAGCCGUCGCGCUCAAUAGGCAAAAAGAAAAAAAAAGAAAAAAAAGGCGCGGGAGGUGGAGGAGUGCCCGUGGGCAUGCCAAUUGUACCGCCCAUCUACGCCUUUCAGCAACAGGCCAUGGGCGUUCCACCUUCCCAAUUGGCACAUUCCCUCAUUGGAGAGACGCGACCGCUGGGUCAUUCCAGCCGGAAGCUGGCGGCGUCAAUGAGCAACGGUCUGGACGACUCCGGUAACUCAGGCGCCGAAUCGCCAUCACCAGGUGGCACUGGCAUCUACAAGCGCAAAGGACACCUAAACGAGCGCGCCUUUAGCUACUCCAUACGUCAAGAGCAUCGCAGCCGGAGCCACGGAUCGUUGGCCAGCUUACAGUUCAAUCCGCCGGAUAUAAAGAAGGAGCGUGAGAUCGCCCAAAUGUUGGCAGGUCUUGACCUCAAUGAUGGCGAGCGACCGAAUACACUACAGCGGAAGCAAGCUAUGACAAUGUCAAAUGGCGGGGGACCUGGUCUAGGACCAAGCCAGCGUCAUCACGCCCAUCCUCCGCAUCCACAUGCCAUCUACGGGCCACUGGGGCCUGCCAGCAGCUUCGGAAAGCCCCGAAGAUAAAAGUUGAUUGUCUUGAUCUGCGCUCCAUGAUUUAUACAAAAAGAUUACACCACGUUGGGCGCUUAGAAUCGUCUAACAAUUCUUGAUGUACACCAGAUUAAGAAAACAGUGGCUAAAUAUUUUAACGGAGCUUUGGGAGUGUAAUCCCACACGGAAACCAACUCUACAUAAACGAAUAUUUGUGCCUUAUUAGGUUUAUACUUAAAGUGUGUGCGCUCGCUAGUAACCAUAAAUUCACGAGAUACCAUAUAUCAACCAUUAAUUAGUAGUGUAGAAUAUAAUGAUAUGAAAUCCCUAUCCGACUAUGUAACAGUCACAACGUUCUUUCGCCUAAGGAAACGCAUCACUGACGUUUUCGACAAGUCGGAUAUUUUUCCCAAAUCGUAUAAUUAUUAUGCUUUCAAAAAUGUACAAUAAAUACCUACAAUAAAAUGAACAUGUUAACAGAGCAUGAUCGUAGCCAAAAGCUAA